AGGAGAACCCGUACGAGCCCCUGGACCCCACCACCGCCGUGCCAAGCCAGAAGCACGUGCCCGACCCCCCAGUUGCAGCCCUGACGGAGUCACUGGAGGCGGAGAAGACGAAGGAGCUGUCGAACGUGGCCUCCCAGUCCUUCCUGCUCUACAACGAAGACCACCGCAAAUGCGUGGAGGCCAGCGGGCAACAGCUGACGGCAACGAUGUGCCGGCCCAAGGUCGCGGCACAACGGUUCCAGUGGUUGCACGGGGGCCGGCUACAGGGCUGGGGGAGCCAGCGCUGCAUUACGGCAACCCACGGGCAAAACCUGGCCCUCGUCAGGCUGGAGCCGUGCCGGGACGAUGGCGUGCUGCAGCGCUGGGAGUGCCGCGACGGUGGGCUGUUGGCCCUCGCCGGCUACGAUCUCUACUUCAAUUACGGCAACAACCAGAAGCAGACGGUGAUGCUCUACACCGGGGACCGCGAGUGGAGCCGCUGGGUCAUCCACGGGAGCAAGGAUGACAUCUGCUCCCGCUCCUGCUGUCCCCCUUGCUCCAAAGGCUGGACCUAUUUUAGGAAUUCCUGUUAUUUCUACUCCAAGACAGCGAGCUCCUGGGAGAACGCCCAACGUUUCUGCUCGGUCCUGGGCACAAAGCUCCUGGAGGUGGACGGCCCCGAGGAGAAGGAUCACAUCCGGAGCAUGCUGCAAAGCUCCUCCUGGCUCGGCAUCCGGGAUGAGGAGGUCGAGGGCACCUGGAAGCUGGCGAACGGAACUAUCUUGCCCCAGGAAAGCGGCUCGUGGCACAGGAACGAGCCCAACGGCGGGCGCCUGGAGAACUGCGCGGUG